UUGAUGGGGGGUGCGUCCUUACAUCACAUCGAUUAUGAUGAUAUACUGUGGGAAACGAGUCAGACCGAACACUUGCAGUUUGAUCGUAUUUCGAGCAAGAGUACCGAAAAGAAAGGAAUCUUUUACCUGACUUUUGAAUAUUUUAGAUUUCCGAGAUGAGAGUCCAAAGCAGUUUUCUGGGUUUGGUAUUAUCAUUCCGAUUGCUUUGUGUAAUACAUUGUGAAGAUAUCGUAGUACAAGUUGUACAAGGAAAGAUUCGUGGUAAACGCAUUAACGUUUUGAAUAAAUCCGUUGAUGCUUUCCUUGGGAUACCUUACGCUGAACCGCCAACUGGCGAUCGACGCUUUAAACCACCAGUUCCAAAGGAGCACUGGCCUCAAAUAUUAAACGCAACAAAAUAUGGAGACGGUUGCAUGCAACUUCGAGACGAAGAGUUUCCCGGAUUUCCUGGAACUGAGAUGUGGAAUCCAAAUGUGAACUUGAGUGAAGAUUGUUUAAAUUUGAAUGUGUGGACACCUUUCCCUCGACCAAGUAACGCGGCAGUUAUGGUUUGGAUCUACGGCGGAAGCUAUUUCAGUGGUGUGUCUUCACUCGAUGUCUAUGAUGGCAAAACUCUAGCUGCAGAAGAGAACAUUGUUGUGGUAUCGAUGAACUAUCGCCUUGGAGCUCUUGGAUUUUUAGCAAUGGGUGAGGAAGCACCAGGUAAUGCCGGAUUACGUGACCAAGCACUUGCACUACAAUGGGUCCAGGAAAACGUUGCAAGAUUUGGCGGUAAUCCAAAUGUAGUAACGUUGUUCUCUGAAAGUGCAGGCUCUGCAAGUGUCAGUUUUCAUUUAUUGUCACCAGUUAGUCGCAAUCUAUUCAACCGUGCUGUAAUGCAGAGUGCAUCUGCAAAUGCUCCUUGGGCCAGUUACACCAAGCAAGAAGCUACCAGAAGAGGGACAUUGUUGGCUGAAAAUCUGGACUGUACUGAGAGCCCAAGUGGGCAACCUUACAACACAGAUGAAAUGGUAGAAUGUAUGCGAUUGAGUACGGCAGACGAGAUUCUCAACGGUAUGUGGGUGACUAGCGAAUUUUUGAACUUUGCGUUUGUUCCUGUGAUUGACGGCACAUUUGUUGUUGAAACUCCUGAAGCUACGCUACAAAAGAAUGCAUUUAAACCUUGUGAAAUAAUAAUGGGAAGUAACACAAAUGAAGCAUUCUUUUUCGCCAUAUAUGAAAUUCCAGGUUUUAGCUUACAUACAGAAAGUCUACUUGAUGAGAUGCAGUUCAGAGAAGCGAUUGAGUAUUGUUGGCCAAACAAAAAUAGGUUUGCUCAUAAUGCCAUUCAGUUUCAAUAUACAGAUUGGUUGAAACCACAAAACCAAGCAAGUUUUCGGGAUGCUCUCGAUCAAGCUGCGGGUGAUAACAAAUUUGUGUGUCCAACUUUCCAAUUCGCCAAGGCCUACGCUGAAUUUAAUCAAGAUGUAUAUUAUUAUAGAUUCACACAACGGGCUUCCAAUCAUCCAUUCCCAGACUGGAUGGGUGUAUUGCAUGGCGAUGAGAUCGCCUAUUUCUUUGGCCUACCACUUCAUCCAGAGAACGGAUUUAGUGUGGAAGAUAAACGACUAAGUCGCCAAAUGAUGGCAUACUAUGCAAAUUUUGCAAGAACAGGAAAUCCGAAUAUUAAAUCCGAUUCGGACAUGGAAGAGCUGAGGUGGCCGCUUCACACAGCCGAGGAUCUCGAAUUUUUGGUUUUAAAUGAAUCGUUGGUUGACGUUAAUAUGCCUACUGCUAUUGUAGGUCAGGGCCCAAGAGCAAAGCAGUGUAUGUUUUGGGAAAAUUACUUACCAGAGUUAGAAGCAAUGACAGGUAACAUCGACGAAGCAGAAAGCCAGUGGAAAUCAGAAUUUAGGGAAUGGAGUAACACGUACAUGGUCAAUUGGAAAGCAGAGUUUGAUAGUUACAUUUACAACAAAAAUAAAGUAUGCAGAGAUCCUUAGAGUGCAUGAAAUAUUGCGUAUGGUUAGUGGCCCACAUGUUCAACAUGUUGGUCAAUUAGAAAGAAGAAUUCGAUCAUUACAUUAAAAAAAAAACAUAACUUAUGAGCUGAAUCUUAGAACGCAUGUUCAAUGGUCUUUCAAAUAAUAGCAUUAUGCUCUCCAACGUGCUGAAAAAUUUUAGGAACUCUUAAUACUUUGUAUGUUGCC